GGGGGGGGGGCGGUAGCUUCCGGAAGGGCGGUGAGUGAGAAGGGAGAAAGGUCUUUGGAGGAGAUGUCUGGAAGCGGUUGUCCCGGCACGUCCAAGAGGAAAAGGAAUUGGUGUGCGGAGCACUCAUCCUUUCUAGAAGAAAGGUCACAACAGUUGAAAAGAGCACAUUUCAAAACAGUGGAAACAGCGCUCUCUCUCUCUAAAGCAUGGCUCAAGUGUGGAGAAGGAUUUCAGAACGCUUCUGAGUUCGUGCCAUUAACAAGUGAAAAGACAGCUGUUACCGAAAAACAUGUCGAAUUAUCUCCAAGACCAAAGAAAGAAACAAGUAAGAGUGCUAGUGAGCUUGUAGAUAUAACAUGGAGUUCAAGUGAAAGUGAUUUCUCAGAUGAAGAAAAGGUAGCCCCUGAAUUACAGAGAGAUGGUGCACAUGGCUGUAGAGCAGACAGGACUCUGUUAUGUCCAGAAGAUGGAGCCACUGAAGACGAAUUACAGUUUAUUGACUGGGAGAUUAACAGUGACACAGAAGAUCCUAGGGAACCUAGUGAGUGUGAAGAUGGUGAUGGGGCCGUGGACAUCUCGGAUUAUGCUUCUUGUGCAAGUGGUCAUUCUUUGACAAAUGAUGACAGGCUAUCUGAGCCAAUUUCUACAGAAAUUUUGGAGUAUUCAUCAGAUAGUGAAAAAGAAGAUGACCCAGAGAAUGCCCUGGUCAUUGAUUCAGAAUCCCCUCACAAAUACCAGGUGGAUUUUAAAUCAGAUGCAAGACAAUUUUUAGGUAGACAGACUCACUCAGAGCCAAAUUCAGCUGAGCCCAUAUUGAGCACACCCAAGAAGUAUAUGGCCAAGUUUCCAAAGACUCCAGAAAAUUCAGCAACAAAGAAGAAGCUUUUAAGAGGCGGGCUAGCAGAAAGACUACAAGAACUGCAGAAUCGAGAGAGAUCUGCCAUUUCUUUAUGGAGACAUCGAUGUGUUUCUUACCAAAUGACACCUUUAGGCAGAAGAUCUGGAGUAUUAACCGUGAAAAUUCUAGAGCUACAUGAGGAAUGCAGCAUGCAGGUUGCAAUAUGUGAGCAGUUGGCAGGGCCACCAACCACCAGCCUUCCUAAGGAAAUAGCUCCUUGCCUGGGAACAUGUCUGAAGGUUCUCUUUACCAGAGAAACUGCAGACUACCUAAAGGGCCAUCCCCAGGACAUCAUUUACAUCUUCCCUCCUUGGCAAAAACUUUUCAUUCCAAAUGGAAGUUACUCUGUUAUUCUGAAUACUUAUUUUUGUCAGAAAGCUAUUGCUAAUGAAACAGUUCAUGAAAUAGUAUACAGUCAGGACACAUCUCUUCCAAGAAGAUAUAUAACUUUGGCGCAGAUGUUUAGAAUUAAGGACAUACCAAACAGUUCUUCCAGCAGUCAGAUGAUAUGUGGUAGCCUGGCUGCCACUAGCACAAGCUUGACCCACGGGCAUGACAAGACAGAGCAACAUCUUGUGGUUGGUGCUCCCCUGAGGGAGUCUCUUCUGGACAUUGUGGAAAGCCAAAGAGCUGGCCUGUGGUCUGAAAUUGGGGUCCGAGUAGUAGUGCAGAGGGCCUACUCCCUUCUCAGUAGAGAUGGUGCCAGGAACCAGCAAGGGCACAGAGUGGGGCAUGCAGAUUCACCUGGAGCAUGGUCCUGCCUGCUAGUGCAGGAUGCCUGUGGGAUGUUCGGGGAAGUAUACUUGGACAGCACCUUCUGGAAGAACAGACCAUUAGAAGGCAGGGCCUGCAGCAUGUCAGGAAUGAAGGUUCUACAGAAGGCUACAAGAGCAAGAACACCAGGGCUUUUCAGUUUAAUUGACACUAUGUGGCCCCCAGUGAUACCUCUGAUCGAGCCUUCCUGUACCCAUCCCAGUGAAGAGAUAAAGACUCAUCUGCCUCCUCCUUUCUUCUGUUAUAUCUUCUCUGCAUAUCCGAGUCUGGGACAAAUUGAUGCAAUUGAAGGAGACCCCAUUUCUAAGCUUUACCAGCCUCCAGUUGUCCACUGCUUAAGAGAAAUCCUCCAGACUGAUGAGCAUGGUACUUGUUGCAGUUUCUAUGCCAGAGUGAUUUAUCAAAGACCACAGCUAAAGAAUUUUUUGGCACAAAAGGAGAUCUGGCUGCUGGUGACUGAUACCACCCUACAAACACAGGACGAAAGGGAGCACUAUCUUCCCAAAACACUGCCAAUCUGUGUAGCCCCCUCAUGUGUGCUGGGCCCAGAAGUUCUAGAAGAACUUGCCAUGCCUGUGCCUCAUAAUAUACUCUUCAGGGAUGCUCUUCGAGACAAGGGUCAGAUUCUUUGUGUUGAACGGACAGUCCUCCUACCCCAGAAAGCUUUUGUACCUUCUGUUGACUUACCUGGCCCAGUGACACUAGAUGAACUGAAUUCCCUCACUCCUGUCAACUCCAUCUGCAGGAUUCAAGGUGCUGUGGUUGAUGUAGAUGAGAGCACUGCUUUCUCAUGGCCUGUGUGUGACCGGUGUGGCAAUGGAAGAUUGGAACAGAAGCCAGAAGAUGGAGGCUCCUUCUCCUGUGGGGACUGUUCCCAACUAGUCACGUCGCCUCUUCAGAAGAGGCAGCUGCACGUCUUUCUGCAUUGUCCCAUGAGGCCCCAGAGUACCGUGAAGGUCAAGCUGUUGGAGAGAAGUAUUUCCUCACUGCUGAUGUCUGCUACCUCCAAGGAUGGGAAUUAUGAGGUGGAGAAUGUCCUUGGGAAGGAGAUGGGGCCCUUACUCUGCUUUGUCCAGUCCAUCACCACACAACAGAGCAGCUGUGUCACCCUGGAGGAGAUUGAGCUUCUGAGUGCAGCAGGAGCCACUGCCAUCCGCCCUCCUUCCAGACAGCCGAGCGGUUGCAUUAAGGGCAGCCCUUUACUCGGGGAGCCCUGUUAACUCCAGAGAUUUUCAUGCUUUUAAACUACCCAGGCUCUCUUUUUCUCCUGGUAGAUUAAUAGGAUGGUUUGUAAAUUAAAAAUCAAAAAAAUCUUUUAUUACAUCUUUUUUUCUUACCUUCCUACAAGUUUGAGGACGUGUUUGAGUAUCCAUGUGUCUUCACUUUGCAUUACUUAAGCAAUAUUAUUGAUUUAUUAGGAAAUGUUCUUUGUUGUAGCUUUAAAGUAUUUAAGAUUUUACCAAUAUUGUACCUUUUAUUUUGCAGUACUUAAUAUUUCCUGGAAGACUAUUAUGUAAAGCUUCAACCAGCAUCUCAUAUUGAGAUAUUGCUGUUCUAUUACAAUAAAUAAAUGCUCAACCUAAA